AUGGCACCUAUCCGCAUCUGCAUCAUCGGGCUCGCUGCCACCUCCAGUGCGGGUUACAAGACAGGCGAAUGGGGCAUCCAACAUUUAAAUUCUCUUAAAUCCUCUCCUCACUAUCAGAUUGUCGGUGUUUGCAAUUCCUCACUUGCCUCUUCCCAAAAGUCCAUCGAGUCGCACAAACUUGGCUCCGAUGUCAAGGCCUACAGCUCUCUCGAUGAGGUUGUUAGUGAUCCUGACAUUGACAUGGUCUCCAUCGUUGUUGCUAUUGGCAAACAUUACCAAUUGGUAAAGCCUCUGCUCCAGCAGAAGAAGGACGUUCUGGUCGAGUUUCCCAUCGCGCCGACAGUUGCAGAGGUUGAGGAGUUGGCUACUCUGGCCAAGAGUGCUGGAGUCAAGGCCCUCAGUGGCUCACAGGGCCGUGCCCAUCCUGUAUUCCGACGUAUGAAAGAUUUGAUCAAGUCCGGUGCCAUUGGCGACGUGGUGUUCUCUACCCUCAACAGCCAUAACGCUCUUAUGGCUACGCCCAUGUGGCCAGAGUCGCAGUCAAUUUUUCUGAAUAUUAACUCUGGCAUCAGCCGUUUGCAUCUCGUUGUUGGGCACAUUUUGGACACUCAUUUGAAUAUCCUCGGUGACUUCAAGGAUAUCCAGUCGACCCUCAAAACCCAAAACAACAAAACGAAGCUUGUGGAUAACGAAGGCAACAUCAUCCAGGAAAAUUUUGAUAUCACGGCUCCCGACACAAUUCUCCUCCAGGGAGUCUUGGAAAAUGGUGCUGUGGCGUCAUUCACAAUGCGCACGUGCACUGAACCAGUCGACAACACCGGCUUCCGAUGGAUCAUUAGCGGGACUAAGGGAGAACUUGAAUUGACUAGCGAUCCUGGCAUAUUCCACUGGGGCCCUACAGGCCUGAAACUGAAGUUGAGAGAAUUUGGGGGUGAAGCAAAGGAGAUUGACUUUAACCGAGGUGAAGCGGACCAUUUGAGUCAGGUGUCUUAUUCGGGACAAAAUGUAGCUAGGGUAUACGAGGCGUUUGCCAAAGGUGAAGAAGAUGGAUACGCCACUCUUGAUGACGCUUUGAAAGUUCAUAGGGUCUUGGAAAAAGCCAAGCUCCAUGCAACCUGGGCAUGA